GCGUGCGACCUGGUGCACGACCACCUGCUGGUGUACGACGGGAACUCGACGGACGCGCCGCUGUUCCUGAAGGUGUGCGGGUCGGGCGCGCUGCCGCCCAUCACGUCGACGGGGCCCGACAUGCUGAUCGUGUUCAGCACCUCGCGCUUCGACGAGCCGACGCAGGAGACGCUGAUGCCGCGGACGCUCGGCUUCGAGCUCAACGUCAAGGUCAACUACCUAAGCAUGGACUCGCGGGAGUUCGCGCGCAACCGCCAGUGCACGUUCCACAUCUUCGGCGCGAACAACGCCAGCGGCGAGGUCACGUCGGUGGUGAACACGCAGCCGCAGAACUCGUCGUGCGUGUACCUGUUCCACGGCGAGCCGCACGAGGUGGUGUGGGUGCACUUCCGCAAGUACGAGAUCGCGCCGCGCAUGGGCCACUACACCGGCAACAUCACCGAGUGCAUCAACCCGCUGCAGAUCUACGACGGCAACUUCUUCGACCCGAGCACGCCCUACGGGUCGCCGCGGCGCGCCAAGCUCAUCCAGGAGCACUGCACGACGCGGCCGCCGCCCAUGUGCGCGCGCGAGUAACUCCCGUCGCGCCCCGGCCUGGCCG